AUGACAUACGAAGGAGCGAUCGGUAUUGACCUCGGCACAACGUACUCGUGCGUGGGUGUGUGGCAGAACGAGCGUGUGGAGAUCAUUGCCAAUGAUCAAGGAAACCGCACGACACCGUCGUACGUGGCGUUUACCGACACGGAGCGCCUGAUUGGUGACGCGGCGAAGAACCAGGUGGCGAUGAACCCAACCAACACCGUUUUCGACGCGAAGCGCCUCAUUGGUCGCAAGUUCAGCGACCCGGUGGUGCAGGCGGACAUGAAGCACUGGCCCUUCAAGGUGGUCACAAAGGGUGACGACAAGCCUGUGAUCCAGGUGGAGUUCCGCGGCGAGACCAAGACGUUCAACCCGGAGGAGAUCAGCUCUAUGGUGCUGAUGAAGAUGAAGGAGGUGGCGGAGUCGUACCUUGGCAAGCAGGUGAAGAAGGCGGUGGUGACGGUUCCGGCGUACUUCAACGAUUCGCAGCGACAGGCGACAAAGGAUGCCGGCACGAUUGCCGGUCUGGAGGUGCUGCGCAUCAUCAACGAACCGACAGCUGCUGCCAUCGCGUAUGGUCUGGACAAGGUGGAGGAUGGCAAGGAGCGCAACGUGCUCAUCUUCGACCUUGGCGGUGGCACCUUUGAUGUGACUCUGCUCACGAUCGACGGUGGUAUCUUUGAGGUGAAGGCGACGAAUGGUGACACGCACCUUGGUGGUGAGGACUUCGACAACCGCCUUGUGUCCCACUUCACUGACGAGUUCAAGCGCAAGAACAAGGGCAAGGACCUGACCACCAGCCAACGCGCACUGCGUCGUCUCCGCACAGCCUGCGAGCGCGCCAAGCGCACCCUGUCUUCUGCGGCACAGGCAACCAUUGAAAUUGAUGCACUCUUCGACAAUGUGGACUUCCAGGCAACCAUCACCCGUGCGCGUUUUGAGGAACUGUGCGGUGACCUCUUCCGUGGCACGCUGCAGCCGGUGGAGCGUGUGCUGCAGGACGCCAAGAUGGACAAGCGCGCCGUGCACGACGUUGUGCUGGUUGGCGGCUCCACGCGCAUCCCCAAGGUGAUGCAGCUGGUGUCCGACUUCUUCGGCGGCAAGGAGCUGAAUAAGAGCAUCAACCCCGACGAGGCUGUUGCGUACGGUGCCGCGGUGCAGGCCUUCAUCCUGACAGGUGGCAAGAGCAAGCAGACGGAGGGUCUGCUUCUGCUCGACGUGACGCCGCUGACACUUGGUAUUGAGACAGCUGGUGGCGUCAUGACCGCACUGAUCAAGCGCAACACGACGAUCCCGACAAAGAAGAGCCAGAUCUUCUCCACGUAUGCGGACAACCAGCCGGGUGUGCACAUCCAGGUGUUUGAGGGCGAGCGCGCCAUGACAAAGGACUGCCAUCUGCUCGGCACCUUUGACCUGUCCGGCAUCCCACCGGCUCCGCGUGGUGUGCCGCAGAUCGAGGUGACCUUUGACCUCGACGCCAACGGCAUUCUGAACGUGUCUGCGGAGGAGAAGGGCACUGGUAAGCGCAACCAGAUUGUCAUCACGAACGACAAGGGACGUCUCAGCAAGUCCGACAUUGAGCGCAUGGUCUCUGAGGCCGCCAAGUACGAGGCCCAGGACAAGGAGCAGCGCGAGCGCAUCGAAGCUAAGAACGGUCUGGAGAACUACGCCUUCUCGAUGAAGAACACCGUCAAUGACCCCAACGUCGCCGGCAAGAUAGAGGAGUCCGAUAAGACGACCAUCACCAACGCCGUGGAGGAAGCACUGCAGUGGCUGAACAACAACCAGGAGGCCUCCAAGGAGGAGUACGAGCACCGCCAGAAGGAGCUGGAGGGUGUCUGCCAAC